AUGAUGAACAGGCAUGGUUCUAUUGACUCAUAUCAUGUCCCUUCUAUCAUGUCCUUUGCUGGCCUUGAAGCCACUUCUCAAAAGCACCAGCAAAGCAGCAGCAUCUGGGACUAUGAGACUACUACUUCAACAACAACAUCAGCAACAACAACCAAUGCAAACACACACCAAAACCAUCCUUACUUGUUCACUAACACCACCACCACCAACAACAACACUCAGUUCUUGGAUUGCACCCCUCAACUGUUCUUACCAGCUUCUAACUUGCCUUUUUACGCUCCUGCACCGCCUCCGCUCUUGGGAGACUUUGGGGCAGGUCUAGAGGAUGGGUAUGCUUUCGGCCACCACCCUCCGCCUCGUUGUCAAGCCGACGGUUGUGGUGCCGAUCUCUCCGGUGCUAAACACUACCAUAGAAGGCACAAGGUUUGUGAGUUUCAUUCCAAGGCUGCUGUUGUUCUCUUUGCUGGUGGAGUGCAACAAAGGUUCUGCCAACAAUGCAGCAGGUUCCAUGUGCUAUCGGAGUUCGACGAGACAAAAAGGAGCUGCAGGAAGCGUCUCGCAGAUCAUAAUCGUCGAAGAAGAAAGCCGAAACCCCAUCAAUCAUCUUCAUCCAAUUCCCCGUCUCAAAAAACCAAACCUUCUCCGCCGAAACCGUCUCCAAAACAUCCUCAAGAAAGCAGCAAAAAAGAAAUCAAUCAUAAUCAUAAUCAUAAUCAUCAUCAUCAUCAGUUCAAGAAUGAUCCAUCUUUGUCUCUUGGAGGACUUGAAAGGGUUAAUAGUUAUAACAAUGAAAGCAUGGAUGUUUCACAACAAGAACUCUUCUCUAAUGACUUCUUUAACAAUCAGAGUCUCUUGUGUUCCACUUCCAAUGAAGAUUCAAGAUCUAGAGAUGCAGGCCAAAGCAGUCUUCUCCAGCUUGGCCAAGCAGCCAUGUUCAGUAUGGACUUUAUAUGAUAUGUUCUCAAGAACCUUUUCGGCUUUUUUCGGUCCUUCAAUUCUCUCUCCUUAAGCUUUCUCACCCUUUGGUUUCAAUAAUUUUAAUCAAAGUUCAGUUCAUGUAGUGGAAGAAUAAAUCCUAGAGAAGUUUAGAUGUAUGUUAGGGCCAAAGGUGAAAGAAAGCUUGUUAAUUUGUUGCCUUUUAAUCUGAUUAUCAUCAUCAGUUUAGACUUUGAUAUUACUCUUU